GUAUAACUGCUGACAAUCACCGCUAGCCAGCUGCCGUGUGGAGUGUCUUUUGAAGCAACUAAAUAAACAAAAAACCGUGUUUACAAGAGACCACUCUACUGACAUUAGGACAAAGUAUAUUUGUGACAUCUUGACCGUCAUCAACGCCAUGUCCUGUGCUACUGAUAACAACUCCAAGCCAAAGUCCAUGAGCAGAGCCAGAGAAUGGACUGCAGAGGUGGAAAACCUGUUCAGAUUCCAACAGGCAGGCUACAGAGAUGAACUGGAGUACAUACAAGUCAAACAAGGGGCUUUGAUCGACAAAUGGCCAGACACUGGCUACGUGAAGAAGCUCCAACGUCGAGACAACACAUUUUAUUACUACAGCAAGAGAAGAGAGUGUCUGGACCGUGACCUCCAUAAAGUCAAAGUCUAUGGAUAUUAAAGUGUUCUGGACUCUCUCAUCCACUGAGGAUGGAGCUGCAUCAUCCCAUUUAUUACUGUGGGCACAGAUUAUUCUCCCUUUGACCUUUUUGUUUUUAAUAAAUGAAUUUUUAAAUUGCUUAUGAGAAUUACUUUGUAGAGUGUGCUUUUUUUCUGGUUUUAAAUUCCCUUGAAUUGUUCUAUUUCCUUUAAGAUUACUCUGUAUUGGUUAUUAUACACUUAACAGUUUUAAUUGUUU